AUGCCUCCGGAAAGAACCAAUGUGCCGGUGAAGCUGUCGCUGCCGCUGCAAUAUCAGCAGCACAUCUUCACCGAACUACGCACGGAGGAUGAGCUGGUCGUCCUUGCCCGCGGCCUCGGGCUGCUCCACCUCAUAACGAACCUCCUUCAUUUCUACGAUGCGGCUGGAAAUAACUUGGUGUUGGUGGUUGGUGCUGAUGAUCGAGAGAAUGAAUGGAUCGGAGAGGCGCUGGCGGAGCAUUAUGCGACAAGCAAGUCCCCACUUGCCAGGGGGCUCAAGGUUAUCAAUACGGAGAAGGCUACGGUGUCUAUGCGAGAACGGAUAUAUGCUGAAGGCGGUAUUCUGAGUGUGACAUCCAGAAUACUCGUUGUAGACUUACUAUCAAAGCUCCUUAAUCCCGAGAAAGUCUCGGGGAUGAUCAUCUUGCAUGCUGAUAAGGUGGUGGCAACAUCUCUGGAGGCAUUCAUCGUUCGCAUCUACCGACAAGCAAACAAGCGCGGCUUCCUGAAGGCAUUUUCGGAUUCACCCGAGCCUCUGACUACUGGAUUUGCACCAUUGGCCAAUGUUCUCCGAAAUUUGUUUUUGCCAAAAGCAUCAUUGUGGCCGAGGUUCGAGGUAUCCGUGGCGGAAUCCUUGGAAGGCCAUCGCAAGGCAGAAGUGAUCGAGCUAGAGGUGCCAAUGAGCGCUAAAAUGCGAGAGGUUCAAAAUGCUGUGCUUGAAUGCGUGGAGAUUAGCAUUGCUGAGCUCCGGAAAGCCAACACCGGUCUCGAUAUGGAGGAGUGGACCUUGGAUAGUGCCCUGCACAGAAACUUCGAUAUUUCGAUCAGAAGACAACUGGAUCCCAUCUGGCACCGCGUGAGCUUUAGGACCCGGCAAAUUGUCAGUGAUUUGACAGAUCUUCGAGGAAUUCUCCACGCUUUGCUCACCUACGAUGCCGUGUCCUUUGUGAAAUAUCUAGACACUAUUGUGGCAGCUCAUUCGCCACCCCCUGGCUCUAAUAAACACAACUAUUCGCCUUGGCUUUUCCUGCAUGCCGCUCAUGUGCUUUUCCAAACAGCGAAAGCAAGAGUAUACGAAGGCAAACUUAAUGAUGAUUUGUCCCGUCCAUCAUCAUCAACGAAUUUUGCUGCUGGUCUGCAGCCUACCCUUGAGGCUCUUCCCAAGUGGAAUGUGGUGGCAGAAGUCCUCGGUGAGAUCGAGCAAGAUGCUUAUCUCAACCCGGCCGCCCCAGAUGAAUCAAACAGCACCAUAUUGAUUAUGUGCAGUGACCAGCGAACUUGCCGUCAGCUUCGCGAGUACAUUAGUACCAUGCAUGCAAAAGUCGCACAAUCGAUACAGAAGGAUGAUGACGACGAGGAAGGCUCUUCUGCAGAGGUCAUGAUGCGUCGUCGGCUGCGAGAAUAUCUCAAUUGGAAGAGAUCACUCUCUAAUGUGAACAGGAACCUCUCCGAUGAUGAUAGGUCUGGACGGCCUGCAGAAUCAGCAGCCCAGCCUCAAGGCCGACCUCCCCCGAACAAACGUCGCCGGGUACGUGGCGGUGGUGCAGUCACAUCUGCGGCCGGGCGCGUGCCAAACAGCAGUGUCCAGACCGAGGUCGAGCUGCCGGGCCAGGUUGUGAGCCUGCUCAAUGUAAUCCAGCCCACUGAGGCUGAAGAAACCCAGAAAGAAGAGAUCGUGAUUGACAACUUCGAAGACAUGGAAGACUUUUACGAACUUUACGACAUGAAUGACCUCGUGAUGAUCCAUCCCUACGACGGCGAUAUGGAUGAUCACAUACUCGAGGAGGUUCGACCGCGAUACAUUAUCAUGUACGAACCAGAUGCGGCCUUCAUUCGCAGAGUGGAGGUCUACCGCAGCUCUCACACGGGGAGAAAUGUCAAGGUCUAUUUCAUCUACUAUGGCGGAUCUGUUGAGGAACAACGAUAUUUAAGUGCGGUGCGGCGAGAGAAAGACUCAUUCACGAAACUCAUCAAGGAGAAGGGGAACAUGGCGGUCACUUUGACUCAUGACAAAAAAGCUGAAGAUCCGCAAGAACAGUUCCUUCGCACAGUCAAUACCCGUAUUGCUGGCGGAGGGCGACUGGCAGCCACGGCGGCCCCCCCGCGAGUAGUCGUUGACGUGCGAGAGUUCCGCAGCGCCCUUCCAUCGCUUUUGCAUGGAAACAACAUGAUCGUUAUCCCCUGUCAACUCACCGUAGGCGAUUACAUCCUCACGCCAGAGAUUUGCGUAGAGCGCAAGUCCAUUCGUGAUCUGAUUUCUUCUCUCCGCAACGGCCGCCUCUACAACCAGGCCGAGACCAUGCUCCAACACUAUAAGAACCCCCUCCUUUUGAUCGAAUUUGACCAGAACAAAUCUUUCACCUUCGAUGCUUUCGCCUCCGCUACGGCCCCAUCUACCUUCUUGACUGACUAUGGCUUCUCGUCUUCGGGCCAAGCCACCAGCACGAGCAGCAGUUCCAUGGCAAAUCCUUCAAAUCCAAAAUCUGCGCAGCACAUGCUGGUGCUUCUUAUUCUCGCUUUCCCACGGCUCAGGAUUAUCUGGUCCUCGUCACCUUACCAGACUGCAGAGAUCUUUGCCGAACUCAAGAAAAAUGCAUCAGAACCGGACCCCCUCCGUGCUGUGCAAAUCGGGUUGGAUAUCCAGUUGUCUGACGCCGCCAACCCUGGAGAUGUCAUGGCUGCUGCUGGAAUUGAACAUCGCAUCUUCAAUCUUCUCCCGCAGGAUAUGCUCAGGGCCGUGCCUGGAGUGACACCGCAAGCCCUUGAGCGGUUGGUUCUGGAAACUGAUAAUCUCCACGAUAUCGCCAAUAUGGAAGUCGAUCAGCUGGAUUCACUUGUUGGCAAAGAAGCCGCCCGCAAGAUCUAUAACUUUUUCCGGAAAAGUGUCUUCGACGAUUAA